ACUUAUUUAUACGAGACAGGUUAUCAUGAUAAAUUUUCAUCACCGGAUGUCAUUGCUCAAAUUUACUGUUGUCAAAAUAAUUUUUGUGAUGUUUACGUUUCGAGAGAGGGCGGAGCUUUAGGUUACAACUCAACGUGGAACAAUGACGAAACUUCUAAAUGUUACCGUAAUCAUAGUUAUGACGGGAUGUAUGCUGGUUUCUGCUUCAAAAUCUGAAAUUGAAGAGGUCAAUAGCAUAUUAGGGUCCGAAGCUAAAGAGGUCUGGCCAAACGCGCCUGCCCAGAGUCGUAUUUUAUCUAAACUUUUGGGACUAGGGUUUGGAGCUGGGGCUGUCAACUCUAUUUACAAUUUUUUCUCCACUGCAACAGGAAUCUUAGCAGCUAUUGGUGGAGGCUAUCUCCUUCACGUGUUAUUUGUUGCCAUAUUUGGUGAAACGUUUGGUCUGACCACUGGAUACCAAUAUGGCAUACCUAGUUAUAGCUAUGCCGGUACAGUGGACCCUGUCUAUUACGAUCCAUACCAGCGAUCAAAUAAAGAAUUGAGACACAAUUCAUUGAAACUUCCGUCCUUUGACCUUCAGAAAUUUUUGGGAGCAUUAUCUUCUAUAAAUUAUCCGGAAAAUGCGUUUGGAGUCCUAGGAAUUAAGGGAAAAGAAUGCAAGGAGAAGACUGUCUGCGAGUUGGAACAGUUCAUCCACAAGGCCAAAUUACUUCCAAGAACCAUUCUUAAAAACCUCAGCUACAAGAUCCCUGGUAUGAAGAAAUACGAUAGCGCCAUCUCACGAGGACUGACCGAAGAAGACUGCUCAACAAUUUAUUCUAAAUGUUCGCUAUCUUUGAGACAUAUGAUUAUGAAUUCAACGGGACUCGCAGAGUUUGUGUCACACUUAUUUGUUUAUUGAAAUUAAAAUAUGAAAUUUAUCAGAUUAUAUUGGAAUAGUGAGAUGUUAAAAUAUAGGGAUGUCAAUAAUAAAAAGUAUAAUUUAUUACGCAGCAGACUUUAACAGUGAAGUGUUUAGUAUGGAAACAAAUGCAGAUAUGAUGUUUUUUCUUUCACAUUCCUCUUAAUUUUUAGGCCUAUUGGUUUUUGCUAGUUUUUUGGCGUCUAAACCGUAUUUUGUUCAUUAUGAAAUAAUGAUGCUACAAAACUUUUAAUUUAAAUCCAAACUUUCAAUGUUGAUAUAAAGCAUGUUACAAAGUUUUUAAAAUUUUCUUCAAAGUGACUCAAGCUUCUAUCUCCUAUGAUAAAGAGAAUAUCGAUCGUAUUACACUUAAGCACGCACAUUAGGUGUUGCAGUGCGCUAAGAAAUUAUAGUUAAAAAUGAAAUAAUUUUGAGCGAAGG